AUGGCUAUUUCCGCCACCACCCAAUCCGCCCUUGUUGGCGGCUCCCAAGACGACAUCAUCCUGUCCACCUCCGCGCCGAUCCCCCAGCGGCUCGAGGAUGACCAAGUCGCAGUGGCCGUCAAGGCCAUCGCACUCAACCCGGUAGACACAAAAAUGCUCGGGGACUUCCACACCCCCGGUGCUGUCCUCGGAUGCGAAUUCUCCGGCGUCAUCACCUCCGCCGGACCCGUGGCCACCUCGGAAUGGGGCCUCCGCGAGGGGGACCGCGUCAGCGGCGCCAUCAUGGGCAUGAACCCCCUACGUCCCCAAAUCGGCGCCUUCGCCCAGCACACCGUCGCCCCCGCCCACGUCGUCCUCAAAGUCCGCGAGGACUGGGACUUCGCCCAGGGCGCCGGCAUGGGCAACGCCUGGUAUACCUCCGGAUGGGCGCUCUUCCACACCAUGGGCCUGCCCGCGGGCCCGCAGCUCGAGCCGCUCCACACCCUCGUCCCGCCACCCCCCGGUAACGCGGGCAAGCUGCCCAGCACCAACAAACCCAUCACUGUCCUCGUCAGCGGCGGCUCCAGCUCGACGGGCACCACGGCCGUGCAACUCCUCAAGCUGGCCGGCUACCACGUCAUCGCGACGUGCUCGGCGCGCAACUUCGACCUGGCGCGCCAGUACGGCGCCGACGAGGUCUUCGACCACAGCUCGCCGACCUGCGCGGCCGACAUCCGCGAGCGCACGCGCAACGCCCUGCGCUUCGCCCUGGACUGCAUCACCACCCCCGAGACGACCCGGCUGUGCUACGCGGCGCUGGGCCGCUCCGGCGGGCGCUACGUGUCGCUGGACCCGUUUAGUGAGGCGGUGGCUGCGACGAGGGGCGUGGUGCGUCCGGAUUGGGUGCUGGGUCCGGAGCUGGUGGGCGAGGAUAUUGCCUGGCCGGAGCCCCAUGGGAGGAAGGGGAAUCCCAAGGCGAGGGUUUUCUGUGAGGCGUGGACGAGGACGCUGCAGCGGUUGGUGGAUCAGGGGUUGGUGAAGACGCAUCCGCAACUGGUGAGGGAUACGGGGUUGAAGGGGGCGUUGGGUGGGCUGGAUGAUAUUAGGGCUAAGAAGGUCUCGGGGCAGAAGUUGGUUUACUUGUUGUGA